AGUCAUUAAGGUCCGUAAGACUCAGUAGUAUCUGAUUCUGAGGUUUUGUUUUGUGGGUCUUAUAAUAAUAUUCGACGAAUUUCGCCAAACCCAAAAGCAAGACAACUUUUGGAGAGGAGACCCUUCUUCUCCUUCUUUGUCUUCUCAACCGGAUCGGUUUCGUUCUCUCUUAUCGGAAGUUUUGCUCUGCUUUUGCGGUAGCCAUGGGGAGAGGAAAGUACAAGAGCAAGCCCACGGGUCACCGCCAGUUCUCAACUCCCGAAGAGAUGCUUGCUGGAACUUCUACUCGCCCUCGCACUUUUAAAAAGCAAGAAGUUGAAUAUGAGGAAGAACAAGAAUCUGCAGAAGAAUCUGGAGAAGAAUCAGAUGGAAACAAUGAGAAGCGUAAAGGUACUCAAGGAAUUAUUGAGAUUGAAAAUCCUAAUUUGGCAAAGCCGAAGACCUUGAAAGCUAGAGAUAUCGAUCCUACCAAAACAACUGAACUUUCAAGGCGUGAAAGAGAAGAAUUGGAAAAACAGAGAGCUCAUGAGCGAUAUAUGCGACUUCAGGAACAAGGGAAAACAGAACAAGCAAGGAAAGACUUAGAGCGUUUAUCCCUUAUCCGACAACAAAGGGCAGAAGCUGCUAAAAAGCGAGAAGAAGAAAAAGCCGCCAAAGAACAGAAGAAGACCGAAGCUCGCAAAUGAUCUUGUUGGAAAAUCGGUUCUGCUGCCGCUGCUACAUUGGGAUGAAACAUAAAUGUUACUUGCAGAUUUGCUUGCUAGUUAUCAUAUAUUUCUAAAUCAUCAGUUCGUACUUCUUGCUUGACAGUUUAAUUUUUUUUUUAGUUUGUAACUUUAUAUCUCGAAGUAGGUUUAUUUUGCUUUAUUUUCUCACCCAAGUUAUACUUUAUCAUAUUUGAGACAAUAUAUUGUAGUAUUAAAAACAAAAUUCCCAUGUUGGUUGGUGCUGUCAUUUUAUUGCAGUAUUUCUUUUGUUAUA